CUGCAAGGAGGGGAUCUGGGUGGCUCUCGCGCCCUCGCCCGCUGCUGCCUUCCCUCCCCUCCGCUCCUUGACAAAAGGAGCGACGGAGGCGGUGUCUGAGCGUCCGCGGCGGGGCGGGGGGCAGCAGCAGCAACACCGCCCCGUUGAGUUGUACUUUACUUUCGAGGCAUCGGCUGCCGCCGGAGAAAGCCCGCAGCCCGGGCGGAGGUAGGCGAUGAACGGCUUCGGCCCCGACGAAGUGACCCGCGGCGGGGGAGAAGCUGCCGCCGUCCCGGCCGUGGUGGCCAACGCCGCCGCCGCCGUGGAAGUCCUGCCUCCGCCGCCGCCCCUCCCGCAGCCGCCGGCCGGGCUAGGAGCUGCUUCGUCCGCCGCUGCGGCCACGGCGGCGGGCUCGGCCGGACCUCCGGGCGCAGCGGGCCCCGGCGCGGGACAGCUGUGCUGCCUGCGGGAGGAAGGCGAGCGGUGUAGCCGAGCCGCGGGCAACGCCAGCUUCAGCAAGCGCAUCCAGAAGAGCAUCUCGCAGAAGAAGGUGAAGAUCGAGCUGGACAAGAGCGCAAGGCAUCUUUAUAUUUGUGAUUUCCACAAAAAUUUAAUUCAAAGUGUCCGAAACAGAAGAAAGAGAAAAGGCAGCGAUGAUGAUGGUGACUCACCAGUGCAAGAUGUUGACGCUCCAGAGGUUGAUCUGUUUCAGUUGCAAGUAAACACACUAAGAAGAUACAAAAGGCACUUCAAAUUACAGACCAGACCGGGACUUAACAAAGCACAGCUUGUUGAAAUAAUUGGGUGUCAUUUUCGGACGAUUCCGGUGAAUGAAAAAGACACUGUGGCCUAUUUCAUCUACUCUGUGAAGAACGAUAAGAACAAAUCUGAUCUAAAAAUGGACAGUGGUGUUCACUAAAUAAGCAAACUUGAAACUCUGCAGGUGUAAAGACUGUUUUGGAUUUGCUGAAGAUUUCUUUGUAACUGGUAUUCAGAUGGAGAAUUCUGAUAUUUUUCUUGGGAAAAAUACUGCUCAUAAAUGAUAUUUCCAUGGUAAAAAUAUUUUAAAUAAAUACUAUUGGUGUUGCUGCA